AUUUAAAAUGCCAUAUUCCCAUGAUUCACAAUCAUUGUGUCUGUUUUACUUGUUUGCAUAAUAGGCCUUAAUUAAAUCAGAUAUACAAAAGACAGUGGAUUUUUUUCAGUAACCUAUUAAACGGAUUUCAUUACUUGAAUUAACGUAGGCUAUUUGUUCACGCAGGCUACCUAUUAAAUGUAGACUAUAUUAGGCAUAAUGUAUUUAUGAUAGCCUAUCACAUAUAAUCCGUGUAGGCUGUUAGAUUAGGCUACAGUCGAUAACAAAGCAUACUGGCUAUGUAUUUGUAAGUGUGUGUGUGAGUUGCCUGUGAGGUCUUAGACUGUUUUUUCUGGAUUUCAGCAGUGAAGUGAAAUUAGAAAUUUCCCAAACAAAAUAUUACAUAUGAAACAUUUUUAUAUCUUCUUAUAUCUCAUUUCGGCCAAUUAACGUCUGUAGAUUCUGCUAAUUAAUGGUAGCCUAAGUGAGCAAAUAUGUUUAUUCAUGUAAUUAAAUCGGUUUAACAGGUUACUGAAAAAAAAAUCGACUGUAUUUUGGAUAUCUGUUGUUGUUUAGGCCUGCUAUGUAAGCAAGUAAAACCGACAUAAUUCAAUUCCAGGGACAGCAAGGUUCGACGGCAUGCCAAACACUUCGGCAAACCUCGUAAUAAGCAAGGCUUCGUGGGCCAGCCGCCCACGGUGUCCGUUUAGUCUUCAUGUCCUCGCUCCAGUGGCAGAAGGAACAUCCCGCGAGAUCAUAUUACGUGCCUCCUCGGGUUAUAUUAGGUACUUGGGUAGAGCAGCGAUUCAAGAAGCAUCAUUCAGCGGCGGUGCAUAAUUCAUCAAACCAAUUGGCGGUGCUCUGUCGAUUAAGGAGAUUGUGUGUUCAAAAUAAGCGUUAUUUUUGUCGCCGAUGAACUACAGCAUUUGAAGAAUAUGCCAGACCAAUUAUUAAUUUUUAAGUGAAAGGCUUUAAGCUUUGAAAAUGAACUGCAUUCAUUAUAUAUGAACGUAGGUAUAGGCCUACUACAGCGGCACUGGCUGUCAUGGCCUUCACCCUCAUGCUGAUAAUCCAGGGAUGCAGGUGUGGCAUGCGCUGGCCGAAGAGCCUGUCCAUAUCCAGUUUCGUUCCCGCGGUGGUGUGGCUGAUCCUCCUCUUCCUCGAUGGCCAGUACUUUGCGUGCGCAAUGACGGACUGGAAGGGCCGGUUUGUCACUGUUGACCGAGCUGCCCCACAGAAAUGGUGCGAGCCCACAGACGAGAGUGACAUCACGCCACAAGAGCUGAUGCUUCGCUCUCAGGAGCUGUUUGUUGUGUCUCAGGUUAUUGGCAUUGUUCUUCUCAUUUUCAUCUGUGUGGGACUCAUAGUGUAUGUCAUUCAAGAGAGCUGCAGGCAAGAAGAGGAAAUACAGGAAGUCAACAAUUAUGAGAUGACAUGAAUGUGCUGCCACCCCUUCAAAAGACAUUUAAUGGAAGCCUCUCCAACUACCCUGUUUAAUUUGUGCAUUGUUUACUGUUUUGUAAAUAUUUUUAGUGUUUUCUCUUGUGAAUUCUUCGCUGUUUUAUAUGAGAUUGUAUGCAAUGGUGCUGCAGUCACUGCAAUUCAGGGAUAUGUCAUGAAAGGCUUAUUCUGAUCAUUGGUGUUUUCAUCUCUGGUAAGCCCAGUGUACAGUAUGGGCCAGUUUCACAGACACAGAUUAAGCUCAGUCCUGGACUAAAAUUAGUUUUGCAUGUAGAAUCUCCAUUCAAAAUUGAAUUUAGUUUAGAACUAGGCUUAAACUGUGUCUGAAACUGGCCUUGUAUGUUUUCGGAAUGUAAAAAAAAACUGUAUUAAUUAUACAUCUAUUUAAGAAAACAAACAGAGGUUGUUUUUUAUUGACAUUUUAAUGUGAGUCUAAUGCACACAGUGGAUAUACAGGUAAAAAUAUUGUAAAUGUGAUUAUUCCCCUUAUUUUGUUUGAACUCUAGUCAAUGUUGACAGCAGGUCUCUUAUGCUAGCUUUUGCUGCCACCUACUGACCAAACCAAGAGUGCUGGCAGAGGAGAAUGUUCUUGAGUAUGUUUGUGUUCUUUAAUAAUACCUCGUCUUUCUCAGUAAAAUGCUAUUGCAGCAGG